AUGCCUAGUAUCAACUUCGGUGGUCGGAAACGGAAAUUAAGGAAGUCGUCUGUGAUAAUUCUGGUUAUUAUUUCUAUCUUUUUCAUCUACAGGGUCUAUAUGAACUAUUUCUAUCGCCAUAAUAAAACGGGUAUUUGUUAUAAUGAUCAGUCAUCGAACUCUCACAAAUUAUAUCUAACAGUCUCUGAUCUCGGCCAUUCCUUUGAUCUCCUCAUGUUUCAGUAUGCUUCAUUAUUAGGAUUAGGAAACCUGAAGAACAGACGGAUUUUGUUUCCUGCUGAUACUGCGUUAGAAAACAUAUUUAACCUCAAAUACAUAUCAUCUGAUAAUACGGAAUGUUGGUUCAAGCAAUCUGAAUUGAUUCCAAUGGCGUACGACGAGACCAUAAUUGAUCUCCCUGAAAGGAACGUGACGAUAGCCGGCUUUUUGCAAUCUUGGAAAUAUUUUUAUACUGUUGAGCAAACAGUUCGACAAGAAUUCCGUCUCAAAGGAUACAUUCUAAAAAUGACUCAGACUCGAUUUAAUAAAUUUAUUGCCAACGCUGAUGAAGUUACCGUGAUAGGGAUUCACGUUUCAAGAUCUCAUACCAUUUCAAUGAACGGUAUCUCUCAAAGUAACAUAGCACCAAUAAGUUAUAUUCAAAAAGCCAUGAAACAUAUGAGAGACAAGUUUAAAAAUGUGAAGUUUCUGGCUGUAUGUGAUGAUAUUAAUUGGUGUCAGGCGUAUAUCAAAGAUCAUGACGUAGUGAUCGUAGACGAUGACGUCAGUCCGGAAUCUCAGCUCGCGAUGUUGAGUAUUUGCGACCACUCUAUAAUAACAGUGAGCACAUUGGGUUAUUGGGGCGCCUGGCUUGCAAAAGGGUAUGUAGUGUAUUACAAAGACUUUAUUCGGGAAAAUUCUGCCCUCGGUAAAUUUAUUAGAUAUGAGGAUUUCUUCCCCGCUCAGUGGAUUUCAAUCGGCAGCUGA